AUGGCCUCCAAGAUAAUUGUUGUUGGAGGUGUGAAUUCUGCCUUUAAACAAGUUUUUGGCAAGCUGCAAAAGCUCCAAGCAAAGCAGAACUUUUCAUUCUCCGUGAUUGUUGGGGACCUUUUUCAAGGAGGUCCUGAUACCGGUGACGAUGAAGAAUUAACUGCACUUUUAAAAGGGGAAAUUACUGUGCCUUUACCCACUUAUUUUACAGUUGGGAACCACAGGAUCCCACAAGCGGUUAUUGACAAGCUGGAGAAAGAUGAUGAAGUCUGUCCAAAUCUGUAUUUCCUAGGCAGACGGGGUGUUCUUACAACUUCCGAAGGUGUAAAAAUUGUUUCCCUCGGUGGUAACUGGGAGUCAGCAGCUACGCCUGUCCCAGGGGUCAAUGAGAAAUAUUUGCCACAAUACACAGACUUUGAUUGCAAGUCACUCUACAGUACAGAGAAUGCAGACAUCCUGAUAACGAAUCAGUGGCCUAAAUCAAUACAGCAAGGGUCAAAGGUUUUAGUGGAUGAGACGAGCGCGGUUGAGGGUACUCAGUCCCUUGCAGAUUUGUGCGCCACUUUGAAGCCCCGAUACCACUUUGCUUCCCAGACAUCCUUCUUUUUUGAGCGUGAGCCCUUCUUUCACAUUCCCGUAGAGGACGAUGCAGGGUUGAAACAUAUCACGAGGUUCCUCAAUUUGGCGCCUUUCAAUGCGUCAUCAAAGCAAAAAUGGCUAUAUGCCUUCAAUCUGGAUCCAAGUUCUCCUCCCCCCACAACUAUUCCCACAGGAGCCACAGUAACCCCCUUUCUGAAUGCCUCCAAGAAAAGACAAGCACUGGAUGACCAACGCGCUACCUUUAGUCGAUUUUCACAUGGCGAUGAGGACCAUCAUCGAGCGAAAAAGCGAGUUCGAAGAGCAGCUCCCGACCAAUCAGAAUGCUUUUUCUGCCUCUCAAAUCCGAACAUCGCGACUCAUCUCAUUACGUCGAUCGGGACGGACUGCUAUCUCACCAUUGCAAAAGGACCGCUGACCACGGCUAGCACCUUUCCCAAACUGGGAUUUCCGGGCCACAUGUUGAUUGUUCCGCUUACCCAUGCAGCAACUUUCUCCACGAUGGGUGAUCCUGACACGACAAGAUCAACGUACGACGAAAUGCAAAAAUAUAGGUCAGCUCUCCAUUCGAUGCUGGAAGAAAGGUCAAAUGGGGAACUGGGCGCAGUGACCUGGGAAGUUAGUCGCGGCGGCGGUGUUCACCUCCACUGGCAGUUCCUCCCCGUAUCCCGGAGUCUUGUCUCGCGCGGCCUCGUGGAAGCUGCAUUCAAGGUAGAAGCCGAGAACCUGAGCUAUCCAAAAUUCGAAAAGCAACCUGUGGGGCCGGCUGGGUCAGAUCGAGGUGAUCAUUUCAGAGUGUGGAUAUAUAAACCGAAAGACGAAGCGGAAGGGGAGUCGGGAUCACCCUCGGAGACGGUGCUGACGCUCCCCCUUUCGGGAAAGUUUCGGUUCGAUUUCCAGUUUGGACGGGUUGUUAUGGCGAAGCUCCUUGAGCUUGAAAAUCGAUCUAAUUGGCGAGAUGCCGCACAGCUGCAAGAUGAGGAAACGGCUGAUGCCGAGGCGUUCAAGGCUGCGUUUAAAAGCUUCGACUUUUCGCUCGAAGAAAGCUAG